AUUGAUCAUAGAAUCUACCGAAGUUUCUUCAGUUUCAAUUUUUUUUCAGAAUGAGUUCUUCCUUAAGCUGACUUCCCGAUUUUCUUAAUUACACUUAUGUAUUUAAUUAGGCCUUCCAUUUAAUUAUCACAGACGGACAGGCUCCUUUUGAUGCUCUUCACUGAAGCUGUUGGUAGUGAUGACCAGUCAUGGAACAGACCCUUGUGAGCCACAGCCACCUGAUUUCAGUAAAUUAGAGUUGCUUUCUCUCAGCGGUGUUGAUCUCUAUUCCAGUGGAACAUUCGAAGGUGAUCCAGCAACUCAAGGUGCUCAAGAUACUUCCCGUUCAGACGGCCAACAAAUACCUCUAGUUGUUGCUGACGUGACCGAGAGUGAUAUGGCUCUUAAACAUAAAAAGGCCCAUCUCCACAGAGAGAUGUCAGAGGAAAUGGUGGAGGGUAUUGACUUGGACAAUCUUCGUCAGUGCCUCGAGACAUUCAAACAGAAUAGAAACGUCCUGGAAGAAUGCUAUGAUAAAACUAACAGACAGUUUGAAGACUUGAGAAAAGUUCUCAGCAUAAAUGACGACGCUGCAACGAAAAUUCUGUUUAUGUCUGACGAUGAUAAGAAAUCUGUGAAACAAAUUUUGAACAAGAAUCCUGUGAUAUUAGUUGUUGGGCAAACUAACUGUGGUAAGACGUCGCUUAUUAAUGAAAUACUUCAGCGGUCCUAUCUUCCGACCUCCGAGUUUCCUUGCACUGCCCGCCUUGUACGGACGAGGUAUAGCGAGGAAGGGUACAUCAAGAUCAAAAAUGAGAAGGGUGAUACUCUAAAGGAGGUCGAGAUUGAUGGCAAGCUGAAACGUGUUCCAAGGCAGUACAUCGUAUUGGAAGGUGAAGCAAGGGAAUUGAAGGAAACAGUAGAGCAGACUGUGGAGGUUGGCAUCGAUGAUCCUCUACUACGCUGCGGGGUUGAAAUCAUUGACGCACCUGGCACAUGUGAGAACGAGGCUCUUGACAACAUCGUACAGGAGUGUCUGGAUGGUGUCCUACAGGUGGUGCUGUAUGUCAUUGAUGGGAAUACAUCUCUCAGAAGGCCGGAUGUUGCAUUCCUGUAUCGGUUGAAGAGAAUGGCGCCAAAUAUGAGGAUCAUCUACGUUUGUAACAAGGUCGAAGAAGACGAACGUGCCAACAAGUUCGAUCAGCCGUCCGAUUGUGAGUCUGAUGACGAGGACGCAUUAAACCCAGAUGUGGGCGUACCCGAAUACACUAGAGACAAAGGACAGCUGGCAUUUUUUCGGUUACAGAAGACUGGUAUUAUCGACCAGGAGGAAACAAUGAAGACGUGUGCGCACUUCCAUCCAAUUUCUUGCUCGCAAUUGCGAAUCGCUCGCCGAAAACACAAGGCGACAAUGCAUGGUGACAGAAACCCAUAUUUGGCGAACUUUCGUAAACUUCUUGCUUGUUUGAUGGAGUACUUUCAGGUGUGUGUUAAUAAACACCUUCUGCAGGCCACAAAAAGGUUAUUGACCGUGCAGAAAAGGACGUUUGAUUUCUUCAUUGCGGAUAAGUUUUUAAAUGUGCCACGGAUCGAGCAGCUUCCUGCGGUGAUAAAGAAGAUUCUGAAAGAGGAACUUGAGCAUUACAAUGAGAUGAAACAGCAUAUAGAUACGCAGCAGAUGGAGAUGUUCAACAUAAUUACCAAGUAUUUGCAUGAUUCUGUGGAGCGGACUCAGAUUAUUCAUGAUGCUGGCGAGAUUGCCUUCGCACCGAUCAAAAUAGGUGACGAAGUGCACAGAAACUAUGUCAUCAACGAAUGUCGGAAGCAAGUACGAGAUUUUGUCUUGAUGAAGGUAACAAAAGACAUUGAGAGAAAGAUACGUAACGUGAAAGAUGCAAUUAGUCGUAAAUUUGGGGAGAGUUUCCAACUGAAUGUGAUGCAGUUGCAGGACAUUGGGCCGAUUUCCGACAUCUUACAGGAACAGCUCGAUGGUAACUACAUGCUCACGUUCGACUCUGGUAGUCCAGUUGACAUUGCGAUCGAUACUGGGGUCGUGAAGGAGGGAAUUGGCCAACGGGCCUUGAAUGCUUUCGAGAAUGUCAAAGCCAAUAUGAGAGGUAUCUAUCUUGAUGGUGCUUGGAAGGAAGACACAGCAAAAGCGGUGCUAAGAAGCGUCGAUGCAACAAAGCUAGCCGCAUCGAUUUGUUCCAGAAUUCAUUUGCAGGUGAACAAGGGUCAUGAGAAUUUCACCAUAGCAAUGCGACAGAUAAACUGUCUGUAUAGUGUGCGUCAGCGCCAGACUAAGAGUGAACAACAGAAACUGCUAGAACAAGUCCCUGAAUUUGCGUCGAAUAUUUGUUUAACUGAAGCGCUUCAGUCCUCAAUUGCGUCUGGGCCUUUGAAAUUGGAGGGAAGAUUUGGGGAAGGUUCGAGAGCAGUGGUUUACGGUUGUUCGUACCAAACUGAGAGUUCCAGUUCCAGAAAAAACAUUGCUGCCAAGGUUUUCAAGCGGGAACAAAUUCCUACGGAUUUUGCAACUGUCUACAAUUAUCUCAGACUUCUCCCAAAGGCAAACCACUUCCUUCGACCACAUGGGGUUGGAUUCACAUGUGGCAACAAAUUCACAGUACUACUUCCAAAAAUUGAUACAAAUCUGUUCGCUGAACUUGCAAAAGAUUCACCCAUGCGGGACCGAUUGUCUAUCUAUGACCGUGUCAGUUUGGCUGUGGACAUUGCCUCUGCUUGCAGUCAUGCAGCAAAUAAUGGCUUUAGACUGACUGAUCUCAGGCCAAACAACAUUACCUUGCUCCAUCUCAAGGGACAUCACUCUGGUCGUCCUCUCAUCAAGAUGCACGUGAUAAAGUGGAAGGAAGAAGACCUCCCGUAUCCCGACGGUCGACCGCCGUUCCAUUUCGCUCCCGAGGCAUACUGCAAGGGGAAAGCGUCGCCCAAACUGAAAAACCCUAACAAGAAAUAUGACGCGUACAGCAUGGCGAUUAUUACCUGGCUACUUGUCAUCGGUAAGUUUAUCCGGCCGCGGUUUGCGAUGCAAGACAAUGAAACAGUCAAGAAUUACGUGCAGAAUAACACGGAGGAAGUAGCACAAGAGCUACUGCAAACAAUCUUUGAACUUGACGAUCCGAGCGUGAAAGAAAAUCGAAAGUGCAUGCAGUUGAUUCAAGACAUCUUGGAGAGGUUUAUUGUCGGGGCCGACAACCGAGGUGGCAUUCAUAACCUGCAUGGUACUUUGAAGGACUUCAUUGAUAAGACACAGUUUGAGUUCGAGGAGCGUCUUGUCUGAAUAACAUAUGAAAAGUGGAAACUGAUGUCAUUGGUUUUCAUGUGAACAGAACAAUGUUAAAUAUUAUAUAUAUAAAUAUCUUGUUUCUUAAAAGUGAGAUGUGUUUUGGUCUAAAGCGGGGUAUCUAUAGACAAAUACUUCGUCCCCAAAAGCGGCGAAGUGCGAGGUGCCUAUUGCAAAAAUGAUUGGUUGACGAAACAAUGGCCUUUUUGGUUGGCUAGCCUUGUGACGUCAAACUAUUUUUACACCGAGGAGUUUUCCUGUUUUUCAUAAUGGUUUAAGCUUAAAUGCAUUUGGGCUGGAAUUCCUGACUUUUUUCGAGUUAGCACAUAGGCUCGAUGUGCAGCGUAGCGGAUCGAGACGAUAUAAUGGGCUAGGGUACCUAUUACCCCCCGUCUGCCCAAAUAGAUUACUACAGCCCCGCAAACCUGGUCUUUCCGACAUUCAUACUUUUUUAUCUAACAUUUGUCUAAAGACGACAAAAGUCGCCCCUCUAACAAUUUAUUUGAACAUACAGUAGAACCUCUCUAUUAGGGAUACCCACAGGACCAACAAGUACUGUCCUUAAUAGAGAGGUGUCCUGAUUAGAGAGGUCAAAUUGAAUGGAAACCACCAAUUUGGGACCAAAACUUUGAGAGGGUGUCCUUGAUAGGGAGGUGUCCACUAAGGAAGUUCUACUCCACAUGUAUUGUGAACUGAAAGUGGGUGGCGCUGGUUUUGAAAUAAAACUCUUUGUUAAGAAUGUGUGUCACAUGUACUCUGCCGUGGCAGAAGUGUUUAUACAUGUAGUGUCUGGCUUAUGAUUUCAGAGGUUAGUAUGUGACACUUCCAUGUAGAAUUGAUAAAAACUACACGUUGUUAUCAAUAACGUCAAUUGAUUCUUGGGUGUCCCAGCUAGAUAUCUGAUUAGGUGGGCAGAAUAGGUCACAGCCAAAGGAAGGCUUGGUGUGCAAUGCCCUGCUUUAAAGGGACAACUUGGGCAUGAGUUCUCCAAACGGAUAAUUUAAAAAUCCUUGCACUGCAAUAAACAAUGCACUAGAAGGGGGUGUAACCGUAGGCCUGCCUGAAAUUCACAAGCCAUGUCCAAGGCCACCUCGCUACACAGGUGAAAAUCCUUAUUAAGAGAGCAGCAUUAGUGCGAUACUACCAGUGGCAGGGCAUGGUGUCAAGCAGGAGAAUUAACCUGGCCAGGUAAACACUACACCCAAGUUGUCCCUUUAAGUGGAAAUGCAUCGUAGCCACUUGUGACAAGAGGCAGGGUGAAAGGAAAGAAUUGAGUCUGCAUCCCACUUUAACUCUCUUGCUAAAAACACUUUUCUUGCUUAUAUAUAGAUUAUCCAAGAAUGAGAGUCCCCCGACUUAUUUUAGCCAAAUAUUUGGCUGUACCAUUUAAUUGCAUCAAGACUCAUCACCACAUAAGCCUUUCACGUGUGUUAUCAAGCACAAUGUCUAUUUUAUUAUGUCCCGAACAAUGGUCUUGCAACGUGAAAGGCUUAUGUGGGGGUUGAAGUUGAAACUCUUCAGAGUAAGGAGUAGACUAAAGCAUUGGAAAGGAAAUGAAAAAUGAGAAGGUACACUUUCAAUGAAACGUACCUUCUGUUAAAAGUCCGACGCAGAUCAGUACAUGUAAGCUAGAUUCAGCCUGAUCAACAUGUGAACAAUAGGGCCCACCAUAGGGUUCCUUUCAGAAAAUUGAGUAAGACUAGACACAUCCUGUGUUCAGGCUCUUUUUACUCCUACAUUGUAUAACAAAUGUUUGAAAUAUCGAGAGGCAGAAUAUAUUGAAAACAACUGGUGCCAGGAUGGACCAGAUGAUGUUUCAAUUGCUUUGACUGACUAAGGCGCACGAAGGCCAUUGCACUACUCGUAAAAACAUAACAAAAUUCCCAUUGGAAUCUGUUGAGGUUUUAGGUUUCGAAUUGAUACAUCCCAGAAAGAGCCAACAUUUGGGGCAGCUAAAGUAAUAAUGAUACUUGAACAUGAUCUUACGAUACUUGUGAUAUGUGUAUCAUUGAGGUAAAAUCAUGAAUUUAGAUAGGUUUUAUAUUUAGUUAGCUUUUAUAUUGCGAAGGGACUGUUCACCUCGGGGGAAUUUCCCUGAUUACCCUGACAUCAGAGAGAUUUUAUUUUUUAUUGAUGUAUCUUGGCUGGGAAUACCUACCAUAAAAAUUUCAUCAAAAACAAAUCACUGAUAAGUGAGAUAUCACACUUUUUGUGUUUUCAGUUUUGGCCCCCUGGUGGCCAAGUCAAGAAUCAGAUCAGACCAAAAUUUGCUGUCGGAGAUCAUCUGACCUAGGGGGUCAUGCAUAAAAACUUCAAAGCUCAUAGCCCUACCAGUUAAGAAACGUGCCACAGUUACACUCAAACUGCAAAUUUACGCCUUUGACCUCUGUGACCUUGAAAAGUAGGUCAAAUAAAAAACACGUAUGAUAUGUUCAAAAUCAAAUCUUCGUUAUGCCAUAUUUUUUCUGACCCGUUCAUCCAAGGUAUCAUACCGGCAUGUUUCCAGAUCAUAAGUGAACAGUUCUUCCAGACAAUACAAAUCAGUCUGCAAAACGGGUCAAAGUCCCCGAGGUAAACAGCCCCUUUAUCACUUAGUGAUUUUUUUAUUGCCAUUUAGAAGGAGAUUUGUACAUUUCAUAUUAGGCCAUGGGAAUAAUCAAUCAUGUUUACCGUCCACCUCCCGCAUGGGUUCUGAACGAACAUGAAAUAUUUUCAUUAUUUUUUUUUAAAUCUAUUUUUUUUAUUGUUGCCAUCAUUUUUUUACUUAAAUAAUCUUUCCAGUGGUUCAUCUUUACCUUAAAUGAUUGAAAAACACAAUAAAAACUUGGCAGGGUAGGCUCUUCAUCAUAAUAAUGAAAUUUUUUCAAUGCCUCAUGUUGAUGACCGACCUGAUUCCCAUUUACUGGAACUUGCUGAAUCGCGUGGUUUGACCAGUAAAUCAGACUGUAAACCGAUAAUGAAUAAUGAAAAAUGAAAAAAAGCCUCAUCAUCUUUUUAAAUCUCUCGGACGGUAAACAGGAUUAAUCAUUCCCAUGGCCUUACAUGUAUGUCUAUUGUUGAGAUGGUUUCUGAUUUAUUCAAACAGCACUACAGGAUGACACAUAGGACAAUCAGAAUCAUGAAUGUCUCAUCCUAUGGUAAUUUCAUUUUCUGAUCAUAAUGUUGCUGUAACAACUGCCAUCUAUGGAACAAGAGAAUAAAAAGAAUUUGUUAUGAUUCGAUUGCCAAAGAGGCAGCAGCCAACCUCUGCGAAAAGGGGUGCAGCACUUGCACUAUCCUUGUUGUUCUUGUUAAGAUGGACGCCUGUACCACGCCCAUCCGGAUAUACACCAGUAUGGGUGAAAACUCUCCCACAUUGAUGGAGCCCAUGCGGAUAUUACGUUCUAGUCAAAGUAAAGAUGUUCAGAACUGCUUAAAAAUGUCACCUAUAUCCAUUCAUUUAUUUCUUUGUGUCAUUUUCCAUUGAUAAUGUCAUUUAUCCUUUGCUCCUUCCAAUCCGUUAAUGAGUUCUUAUCCUCUAUUUAUAUAUUUGACAAAAAUGCAUUUUGUGGCCUAUGGUAAUGUACCAAUGAACGUACUUCAUAGUCCUAAAUCAACAGGCCCUGCGAGCCCAAUGACCAAUGUUGUAAUGGAAAGACCUAUAUAACAAAUUUCAUUAUCGUUGCAGUGUUGCAUGGAAAGAGAUUUCAUGGUGUUAAUUUAUUAUUUCCAUUCCUCCUAAAUUGGUCUUCUAAGGACAAUAAUGCAGGGAUGAAGUUCACUUUAACUUCAGAAAUAUUGUGUGCAACAAGCAGGGAAUGAGCCAAUUUCAGCAGCUUUGCUGAUCUUUGAGCAGGGCUGCAAGGAUAGACCUUUCCUUUAAAGACGGUUUAUAAAAAUCAAAAUUAGAGACGAAAUGCAACGAUGCACUCCAGUCUCGGGAAUUGCCAUAUUUGAAUAACAGUAUGAAAUGAGCUAAAGUAGAUGGCCGAUUUGUAGAAGAUGAGUUUCAAGCUAGACAAAGAUGUUGCUCUUUAAUUUGCACGGUUAGAUUUCUAUUCCUCUCAACAGUGAGGUUAGUACUAAAAGGGUUUAAACAGUCUUGUGCUUACACAGUAAAGUGUAACUUGCAGCACUCUUAGAAACGAGCUUUUGAAAACGAAACCUAAUGGUUUUUUGGCCAACACAAAUCUAGACCCCGUAGAGGUUUUUUCAGCUGGUUGAUAACCCGCAGACGUUUUCAUAUACUUACAAAACUAUUUUUAACCAAAAAAACUACGUGAUGCAUUAUUUGUGUUCAGACCGGCCUGACGCUUUCCCAAUAUAGCGUUGUAGCGAAUCGAAGCCUAUUUUAAUGGGCUAAUUUGUGUUGGGCGGUAGGGUGAGUUACCAUGGAUGGAUUGAGAAGGGAAGACACUGUUGAUGUUAUCAUUUUCAUGUCUUUCAUAUAUUUUUAUCUUCGUAACACCUAUAGUAUCUUCUUUUACGAUACCCUACGACGUGAGGAAAAGUGUGUGUUUAAGAUGUGUUAUAGUUACAAAUUUUGAAUUGGGGAUGAAGUAUAUUUUUACCAUAUAUUCCAUUCAUCAGAAAAAAAUGUGUAUUCACAAUUAUUUACAUUCUUACUGUUUUCUUUACGUGCAAAACUGUGUGUCAGUGUGCAUUGUACGAUAUGUUUUUGAGUUAAUUGAGUAUUUUCAUGAGCAAAAAUAUGUGUAAACAUGGUAAAGAUAUGUUUUGAAUAAAGAAUUAGUGAUCAUAUUUUCACAAUGCUUCGAAUUUGAUUCGCCAAUAGUAUAUAAUGCAAUUAAGUUAGUAUAUUAUUCA